CAAUCCCUUCUCAAUUCCUAGUUUCCUACCCAGCAAAAACCAAACCCUUGUACAGGGAAUCCCGUCCAUAGACUGCGUCGUUUUUGAGCAUCUUCUUCAAGUAACUCGUGAGGUCCUUCCUCUUCUGGACGGACCUCUGCAAAACCUCCCCUGUCCCCUUCCUUCCUUCAUUCAUGGAGGUCUGCUGCCCUCCAAUCCUUCAAACCUCUCUCCCAUGUCCGCACUUUCUUCCCAAAUUCACUGCCUCCACUCGGCCCAGCAGACACUCCUACAGGUUUCGAAUUUCCAGCUCCAAAUUGAGCAACACUACGCCCACUGCUUCUGCUUCCGUCUGGCUAUCCCUCUCCCAGUCCAGGGAUUUCAGGGUUUCCGCCCAUUUCGGUCGGCGCAGGGUUCGCCGGAACCAUCUGCGGAAGAAGCUCACUGGGGACCAAAAGGUGCGUCUCGAUAAUCCUGAUCAUCUUCUUGACCCGAAUUCUGGGCCUCGAGCUCCGAGUAUCGGCCAGCUUCCGAAGGACGAUAUCGUACCCGAUAAUGAGUUUAGUAAUGUUAACAACGGCGGUCCCAAACAGAGAGUGUUGGGAGAAUCUGUUCUUUGGGAUAAGCUGGAGAGCUGGGUUGAUCAGCAUAGGAAGGAUGUGGAGUUAUGGGGGAUAGGGUCGGGUCCGAUAUUUACUGUCGUUCAGGAUUCAGAGGGGAAUGUCAAGCACGUUACGGUUAAUGAGGAUGAGAUACUCAAGAGGAGCGGAACUGUCCCAGGAAACUUGAAGGAUGUGAGCUUAAAGAUAUUGCGAGCAAAGAGUUUGGCUCGGGAAAUGGAGAGCGGUAAUAAUGUUAUUCCAAGGAACAGUUCAGUGGCUAAGUUUGUUGUUUCAGGGAAGGAAUCGGGCAUCCUCCGCACAAUUCGGGGUCUUACGCUCCAGCCUGGUAUAAGUCCCAAGUUGUCUGUUGCCGGGAGGAUGACAUUGUGCGGUUUACUUGUGAUAUGGGCUGUUAAGUUCUUGUUCAGUAUGGGCAAGAGGGAGGUGAAGUACACGCAGUUCGAGAAGGAAAUGGUGAGGAGAAAGAUGAAGUCGAGAAAGGAGAAAGAGCAGCUGGAGAAAGGCAAUGUGGAAGUUCUACCAGAAGCUUCAGAGCCAUCGGCUGUUUUCACUGAAAGGCCUAAGCUGAAUAAGGAAGAGCUUAUGAAAAGUAUUAGGCAAGCAAAUUCAGCAAAGCCUAAAUUGGUUUUGCCAGAUCAUUUUACUCCGUCCAAGACUGAUGAAGCUCUUGGAAUCCAUAAUAAAGUUGAGGAAAUUAGAGAAAUGGCUAGGAGGGUUAGAGAAAUUGAGGCUAGUGAUUGGGUCGACGGAAAGGAGCUGAAUGAAAGUGAGAUAAUUGAGAGGCUCCCAAAGAGAGGGAGUGAUGCGAUGAAACUCCCGAAUGGAAAUUUGGAGGGAGUAUCCAUAAAUGGAACUGAAAUGACGUCUUUAAUUAAUGGUUCCCACAAUGACGUAUUGGCAGAAGGGAAUGAAAAUAGACGAACUUUCAGUGCCUUAGACUUGGAGGUUCCUGGUGACAUGAGGCGGAUGGAGCAGAAUGCGAAUGAUGAGAAGGGCAAACCAAAUGCAACUGAAUCGAGAGAGGUCAGUGAAUCCUUAGAUCCUCUUGACAAUCAACUAAAUAAGGAAAGUGCUGUCAGAAGAAAGCCAAGGAUCAUACUUUCUGUUAAAGAAGCUAGAGAGUACCUCUCCAAUAUGUCUGAAAGGCAAGAAACUGCUCAAGAAACUCCCUCUGUGCUAGAUAAUGGGACUGAUUUACCAGAUAAUGGUGUAAAUGAGAACAUAAAAAAUCAGUGCUUCGUCGGAGACGAGAAAUUGCUUGAAGCUGAUCCAAGAUUUUUGGAUGAUGAGGCUGCUCCAAGUUUGGAAUCGCUUCCAAGCAAGGAAAAUGGUCGGGUAAGUUCUGAAAAACAAGGCAGAGUGAAUCAUGUCGACACUCCAUCAGGUAACAAGAUCAAUGGUUCAACUACAUCAACCAAACCAUCAGUAAAGACUGAAAACUGGAUGGAGGAAAACUUUGAUGAAGUUGAACCUAUAGUUAAGAGAAUUGGAGCUGGUUUUAGGGACAAUUACAUGGCUGCAAAGGAGAAAGUAAAUCAGAACUUGGAUGUAGUGUCUGAAAUGCCACAGCUUGGGUUUGCUGGAGAUGAUGAUGAACUGGAAUGGAUGAAAGAUGAUAAUCUUAGAGAAAUUGUUUUUCAAGUUCAAGAGAAUGAGUUGGCAGGAAGGGACCCUUUCUAUUCGAUGGAUGCUACGGAUAAAUGUGCAUUCUUUGAGGGUCUUGAGAAGAAAGUUGUGAGAGAGAAUGAAAAGCUGCAGAACCUGCAUGAAUUCCUGCACUCAAACAUUGAGAACCUUGAUUAUGGAGCAGAUGGUAUCAGCUUGUAUGAUCCUCCGGAAAAAAUCAUUCCACGGUGGAAGGGACCUCCCCUGGAAAAGAAUCCCGACUUCCUUAAGAGCUUUCUGGAAGAGCGAGAAGCAAUCAUAAGAGAAGCUAGAGUUCCUUACCCUAUGAAGAAGGAUGAACCAAGCACUGUUCAGGAAUCAAAACAAACCCCAAACCAUGGGACAAAAGCAGAUUCCUCUUUAGCUAUUAAUUUAAGGAACUCUGACAGUAAGGACUCAAAAAAGCCCAAGAUAGUUAUAGAAGGCAGUGAUGGGUCUGUCAGAGCCGGUCAAAAGGCAGGGAAGGAGUACUGGCAGCAUACCAAAAAAUGGUCCCGUGGGUUUUUGGACUCUUAUAAUGCUGAAAUUGAUCCAGAAGUUAAGUCCGUAAUGAAGGAUAUAGGGAAAGAUCUGGAUAGAUGGAUCACAGACAAGGAAAUAGAAGAAGCUGCUGAUCUCAUGAACAAGGUACCUGAGAGAAAUAAGAAAUUUAUUGAAAAGAAGCUUGACAAAAUCAAAAGAGAAAUGGAACUAUUUGGACCCCAAGCAGUUGUUAGCAAAUACAAGGAAUACACAGAAGACGAGGGAGAAGAUCAUUUAUGGUGGUUAGAUCUUCCUCAUGUACUGUGCAUUGAAUUAUACACGAUGCAAGAUGGGGAGCAAAAGGUGGGGUUCUAUUCUUUGGAAAUGGCUGCAGAUCUUGAGCUGGAACCAAAGCCAUAUCACGUCAUCGCUUUCGAAGAUCCAGGUGACUGCAAAAACCUUUGUUAUAUAAUUCAAGCUCACAUGGAGAUGCUGGGAAAUGGCCAUGCUUUUGUAGUCGCUCGCCCUCCAAAGGAUGCUUUUCGGGAAACCAAAGCAAACGGGUUUGGUGUAACCGUCAUUAGGAAGGGGGAACUUCAGCUUAAUGUGGACCAAACAUUGGAGGAAGUGGAAGAACAAAUGACAGAAAUUGGAAGCAAGAUAUACCAUGAUGCGAUCAUGAGGAAUCGUUCCGUGGAUAUAAGCGCCUUGAUGAAAGGAGUUUUUGGUGACAGUGGGAAAAAAUCCAUAAAGAGGAAGUUAAAGCGAAAGUUAAAGAAGCCUUCCAAAAAAGGUAGGUGAAACACCUUGCGUGCAUUUAGCUUAAUCUGAUGGGACGAGUGUGCAAGUGCUCCAGAACCAGAGGGUAAGCUGCCUCCUAAAGUAUUACUGUGGAUUGGUGAAAAGUACUUCAAUCAAUUUUGCAUCCUCACUUGCUGCCAAGACUAAACCUAGUAUCGUGCCUAUUCAAGACCUGCCGAAAUCAGUGGUUAUACUGAGCAGAAGUCACUGUUGAUUUGGCUUGUGUGAUGGAUGGGAUGGAGCUCGAUAUUAGCUGCUCGCACUCAUGCUCGAGUCCCAACUGUGCUGACAUCUUUAAUAUGUAGAUCCUGUAUUCGUGGAGUCGGGACAACUGCUUCUUGUCUUUCAACUAUAAGCAGAAUGAGAUUUUGCUUCUCCUUGUAGUUCUGCUUCAUCUGUAGGCUUUUCCCAUCUGAAUGUAUAGACUCCCUCCGAUGUUUUAUUACGAAAGCAACAGAGUUCAAGGUCUGUAAAUACUAGUUGGUCUUUGUAUCCCUCCACUGAGAAAUUAUUUGUUUAUUUAUACAAUGUAUUUUUGCUGGAUAGCACAUUGAAA